CUCUCUCUUAAUCUCUCUCUCUCUCUCUCGCGCUUGCGCCGUGAAUUCCCGCCGAUCCGCCGCCAUUGAUGCGAUCGAGGAGGUUUCUACAUCUUCUUCAAGUUAACAUUAAUUGAUCCUAUUUGAUAAUAAAUCGGAGGUUGGUUUCCAUAUGGGAACAGAAGAAUCUAAGGAUUUGCUGAAGAACGUGGACUGGAAAACAGUCGGCAGCACCGUAAGUACCGACUCAAGUGAACCGAUUGUUAAAAAGCGUCUCCCAAAGAAAAUUAGACAAGUGCCCGACUACUAUUUCCUACCUCGACGAUCUCUACCAUCUGCUAUUGCCAUUUACGGUGCUAUUUGUGCUGCUGGAGUUGGUGCUGGGAUGCUAUUAGAGAUUUGGAUAAACAAGAAGAUCAAAGAGGACGGCGGCAUCAUCUGGGAGAUGGACAAAUCCUGAAACGUGCGCUUCGUGUUUGCAAUUAUGAGGUAGCUGGAAACAUCGGCAUUGGACAUUUCGAAAUCCAAUGGUGGCCCUUAUGCUUUGUAAUUUUCCUUUUGAUCUUGCUGUAUACAAUAACAAUUCGAUGUUCCGGCCUAGUCUCAUGUGGAUUUGCCAUUCAAAUCCUGUUUGUACCAUCUCACUAGUGAUCAAGUAGCUACUUCAUUUCGCCAUUGGAGUUUUUGGAAGGAGUUGCAUUAAUUUGUACGUCAAAGCAAAGCGCGAACGGAGAUAUGGAUUCAUAUAUCUAGUAUUUGGUAGCGAAGUUCUUGUAACUGGAAUUGUUCCGCAGAUUUCGUUCAGUAUUGUUUAGUGUAAAAUUCUUGUAAAUGUUCCACUGAUAAUUUCUUGAUAAUGCAUUACUCCAUUUAUUAGAACAAA